CCGGUUCGGUUCGCGCUCGGGUUCGGCUCGCGCUGCCGGUUCGCGUCCCGGUCGCGGUCGCGGUCGCGGUGCGGGCCAUGGCGCUGCUGCUGGAGCACGAGUUCAAGCCGCUGCCGGCCGACAAGCAGAUCGAGACGCUGCCCUUCCUGGAGGCCGUGGCGCACCUGCCGCCUUUCUUCGACUGCCUUGGGACGCCCAUCGUGUACUCGCCAGUCAAAGCAGACCUAGCUGGAAAUAUCAAGAAAAUUCGAGCAGUUUAUGACUCCAACCCCACCAAGUUCAAAACUUUGCAGAACAUCCUGGAAGCGGAGAGGGAGAUGUACGGCUCGGCGUGGCCAAAGACGGGUGCAACGCUGGCACUGAUGUGGUUGAAAAGGGGCCUGAAGUUCAUGCUAGUUUUGCUGCAGAGCAUCUCCGAUGGCGAGAGAGAUGAGGAGCACCCGAACCUCAUCAGAGUGAACGCCUUGAAAGCUUAUGAGAUCGCUCUGAAGAAAUACCACGGCUGGAUGUUGCAGAAGCUCUUCACCGGCUCGGUCUAUGCUCUUCCAUACAAGUCGGAUUUGCUUAAGGCUUUAGAGAAGGGUAAGGACGUAAAGGAGGAGGAGACCAUAGAGAAGAUCCAUCAGUUUCUAUCAAGGGUCGCCCCCAUCCUGGAUGCGAUUUAUGAGAUGUAUACAAAAAUGAACGCGGAGCUGAACUACAAAGCCUAACGCCUGCACGGGACUUGUACAGCCGAGAGUGCGGUGCGGCGAGUACUGCCUACGUCUUAAUCACUGUGACUACUAGGGCUGCUGCCAGUUGUCAGAUGACCGAUUCUGGUCUGGUUCUGCAACGGAUAGCCCAUCUUUUUUUUUUUUUUUUUUUAAAAAAAGAUAAUUUUCUAUGGAGAAUAUGGCAAUAAACCAAUGAUAUCGCAAGAA